CAAUGUUUACAUAGUUGUGACUGGCGAUAUGGCGGAAAAUACGCCAGAGAGUGAUCUGGGCAGUAUAGAAUGUUUUCAGAAUUAUACUGCGCCCGAAGUUUUUAUUCAGGGCUUGGCUGGCAUAGUUGAUCAACAGGAUGUUGAAGCAAUGAUUAGAGCUCAGAAACAAAUGUUACAAAGAUUUGAAAAGACAAAUGAAAUGCUGACAAACUGCAAUGCUCUCUCAGUAACUAGACUGAAGUCUGCAGGGUCGGAAUUCAAGAAACAUACGCAGCUGCUGCUGGAGAUGAAAAAAGACUUAGAUAAUAUUUUUAAACGCAUUAGAAUUUUAAAAACUAAAUUGAGUGCUCAGUAUCCGCAGGCUUUUGCAGCUGCAGCUGAACAGCAAACUGCUCAGAAUCAGAACAUAAAUAAGUCUACGUACCUGAAAGAUCCUGAACAUUUACCUGAUGUUGGAAGUUUGUCUGAGCCUGGAGAUACAUGCUCCAGUAGUUUUGCUGACCAUGGUGAGACGAUGAUGAGGAUGAAGAGACACACAGAAGAGAACGGAUAAGGAGAGGCAACAGUUCUUCUACAGAUAGUGCCAAUGGAAACAGUAACAAUGACACAUCACCAUGCACGUCUGAUACAGGAUGAUUUAUGCUAUAUGUUGCAAGAAAUAUUUUUCUAAUGGCUUCAAUCUGUUAACGAGAACAUCUACUCUUUUUGGAUCAAGUCACAUAUUAAAUGUAUAUUCUGUGUUACUGGAGCUAUGAAGAACGAAAGGGCAUUACAUUCUAGUCAAUUUUUAUUGUACAUACUAAAUAAUAUAAUAAAAUGUGUGAAGUUUU